AUGACAACUGCUGAUGUCGGCGGUGACAUAGUGGUGUGGAAUCUGGAGAAGCGUCAGUUGGUAGGCAAGGUGGCGGGUGCUCACCAUGCCGCUGUUACUGAGUUGUAUUUUAUGCCAGGAGAACCCAUUAUGGUGUCUGCAUCUGCGGAUAAUUCGCUGAGGACUUGGGUACUUGAUGGAGGUGAUGACAUGCCUCGACAACUAGUUAUCUUGGAAGGGCACGCAGAAGGAGUGACUGCUGUACAGUUCAACGGGAAGCAAGAGAUUCUGUCAUCUGGGCUGGACGGCUCAGUUCGCAAAUAUAUGGUGAAUGUUGAAACCAUGCGGCAGAAGCUUGGCAGCGCUGGAACAAUUUCGAGGGCUCUCGCAAAGAAGAAGCACAUUGCUAUUGAAAGUAUACGAAUGGAGCCCGUAAUUGAUAUGGCAAUCGGAUGGAGUCGGGAAGCGGCGUGGGACAAUGUGUUGUGCAGGCAUAAGUAA